AUGGGUUUGAUCCUUCAGCGAGUCAACGAGGCGCUUGACAUCAAUCCUACCCCAGGGAUUAAGGAGCAACUAAGUGUCAAUGGCUCCGACUGGCUGUGGACCUGUGUAGCUAUAUACUCUGCAUUUUUCCUUGCCGUCUUCGCCCUUUCAUGGAAACCGAGAGGCAACGAAAAGGUCUUUCAUUACCUCCUGAGCAUCGCUCUUCUUGUCGGCGCCAUCACAUACUUCUCCAACGCUUCCGAUCUCGGCUGGUCUCUCGUGACCCAAGGCACCACCUCGCACUCGGGCUCUCAGCGACAGAUCUUCUUCAACAAGUACAUCAACUGGGUCGUCGCCUUCCCCAUCGUCAACAUCCUUCUGGGUCUCGUCGCAAACUCGUCGUGGGCCACCAUCGUCUGGCACAUCUUCCUCUCCUGGGUCUGGGUCGUCAGUUACCUGGUCUCGGCCUACACCCCGUCCGUCUACAAGUGGGGGUUCUUCGUCUUCGGCACCAUCGCUUACCUCGUCAUGGCGGCCUCGACCUUUGCUGAAGGCAGCGUCGGCGCCAAGCGUGUGGGCACUCAGGGAGACUACUGGAUUCUCGCCGGGUACUUCAACCUCCUCUGGCUUCUCUACCCAAUUGCGUUCGGCGUCUCUGAAGGCGGCAACACCAUCGGCGUCACACCUCACUUCAUCUUCUUUGGCAUCCUGGACGUUCUCAUGAUCCCCUUUGGUUCCGUCAUCUUCUUGUUGCUCUCCAGGAAGUGGGAUUAUAACGCUUUGAACCUCUACUUUACGCAAUACGGCCGCGUUCCCCAGGGAGGUCAUUUCCCCGAGAAGUCGGCAGCGUCUGCUCCUGUCCCUGCUGCGACCCCAGCGGCUGCUCAGCAAGACGUGUGA